AGCUGUCAUUAUAUUCACGACACUUUUCCAUCGCAGACUGUAUUUGUCUUUAUUCGCUCACACGUUCCGUAUUGUGCCAGUCACUCCACCUCCGGGCAUUGUUGACAUUUGUUAUUCUGUGUGUCACUAACACCUGCAGCAUUGCAGCACCUGUUAUCAGCUUUAUUGGUGUACGGUACAGGUUUUUCCCCCACUCCUAUCAGGCCAAGAUGACUAUUAUCUUCAGUGGCAUUGCCCGAGGAUCAGUCCUGCUCUGUAGCAGUCAAACAGGGGCAGGAAACUUUGAGGAUGUAAUGAAAUCUAUGCUUAGCAACAUUCCAACCAGCAGUGAUGGGAAACGCACCUACACAGCUCACAGUUAUGACUUCCACUGCUUGAUAGAGAAUGGCAUCAUAUUCAUCUGUGCCACAGAAUCUGGAGCUGGCAAGAAUUCUCCAUACUCUUUCCUCUCAGAGAUCAAGCGGCGCUUCCAGAGUGGUCCCUUAGCCAGCCGUGCCAUGACUGCAAGUGUGGGGGAACUUAGCAGGGAUUUUGACUUUGUCCUUUCACAACAGAUGAAAAACUUCUCAAAGCCUGGUGCUGGAGACACAGUGUCUCAUCUUCAGUCACAAGUGGAUGAAGUGAAAGGUGUGAUGACACAGAAUAUAGAGCGCGUCCUAGAACGUGGUGAUCGGCUGGAAGAUCUCAUGGACAAAACAGAGGAGCUAGAGGCUGGGGCAGCCAAUUUUCAGAAGACCAGCCGAAAAAUUCGUAAGAAAUACUGGUGGAAGAACAAGAAGAUGACAUUAAUUCUCUGUGGAGUUGGUUUAGUUGUUAUUAUUGUCAUCAUCCUUAUCAUCCUUUUCUCUACACACGUCCUGCCUGUGAGCUCUGGUAGUAGUGAUACAACUCCUAAGCCUACAACAAAGCCGUAGUUGGUAUUACACAUGAGGAAGCUUUGCCUUCAGACAAAUUGCAAGAAAAUUGUUAGUGGUCCCAUUUGCUUGUCAUGUGAGGCAUCAAUUUUACAAGCUCUUAGAAGUCAUUUGCUGCAAAUUUGUCAGAAGCAAGUGUAGAACAUAGAAAAGCUAAAACUUACGUAGCAAUGAUUGUGUUCUUGUCACCAUCAUCAUCAGCAUCAUUAACCCAAAGACAACAUCCUUUCACAACAUGCAUCAGAUUUCUUCUUUUUUUUUUUUUUUGCACAUAGCAUGUAGAUGUUGACUUUGUGGGGAAAAAGAAAGGUGACAAUGAAAGUCUAUUCAGAAUAUUCCAGAAGUAUUUUUCUGUUGUUUUGCUAUAACUGAGCACUUUCAACAUUUAUAAGGGUUUGCUUUAGCUGUUUCAACUAACUAGUAAUAUUUUAUGUAACAGUGAUAAAUAUGAGGGAUGUCAGGGUUAGCAUGGCUUUGUUAGUUAACCAUUUUGAUGUGGACUUUACACAAUAAACAGACAAGAAGAUGACACAUCUGUAACAUUUAAAUGUUAUUCCUUUUUAUAAACAAAAUAAGCUUUGAGGGGAUACUGUACUAGAUACUGGUACUGAAUAUAAAAAGAACUUGUGCCUUUUAAUAAUGACCUGUUUUUACUUAGACUGCAAAUGCCUUGCUUCGUAUUAUGCAACUUGCUCUGUGUUAGAUAAGCUUACAACACCAAAAAAAAAAAAAAAAAAAAAAAAAUGUAAAAGCAACUCAUGCUGUAAAAAUAUCUCAUGUUUUAAGAAAUAUGUUUCCUAAAUUAGUAUUUGCUGUAGCUAGUUUAAACAAGGUAUUCUUUUAAAUCCGCGAGCAAAUAAGGAUCUUAACAUUGUCUGUGGGUUAAAUCACCAUUUAUGUGUAAACUGCAUGUGUGUGCAUGAGAGAGUGUUCAAACACAGGCAUUCAUGUGUGUCUACAAAGAAUCAAAAAUUGAAUACAGCUGCUCAUUUUUUCUCUUUCAUUUCUUAAUUAUUUAUUUGUAUACAUUGAUAUUGUAAGAUUAAUAUAUGAUGUUCUUUCUUGGAGUAUUAUUUUCUCACUUUUAUUUCAAGUUUUAUUAAUUUUAGGACAGAGGACGCCACUAAAAGCAUGAACAACCCCAAAAGAACUAUUUUCCACAUCCAUGAGUACUUCCAUAAAACAAAACAAGAAAAUAAUAAGAACAAAUAAAAAAUAACAGUUCAAGAUCAAGGCAUGAAAAUAUGAAGUGAGAAGCAUUUAAUGCUAGGAAACGAUUAAAUCGAGUGAAAGUUAAUGAUACCUGAAUAUAAUAGACUAAAACAACAGAGCAUAGGGAGCCAUGUUCAGAAUACAUAUAUGAUCACUUAAAAUGUUUACUCUGUCAAAUGAAGAUUACUUAUUUGUACACGGUGAUAUUGUAGGAGACAGUACGUUAGUGAUGUGCUUUUUGUAGUUUCAAGGUUCGUAAGUAUAAAUAGGAUAUGUGUGUAUGGCCUCAUGGUUUUCUAAUGACAUAAUACAGCUGAUAUAACUUUUGUGAUUUCAACUAACAUAGUAGGUGUGUUGUAUGGGCUAUGGGAUUUCAGGAUUGUAAAACAGUGGUGUCACUUUUCCUUGAAGACAGCAUGUGUUGAGUAUACAAAUUUAUGACUUAAAGACAGUAUAACACUUCAGUCUUGUAACUACCUUGUGAGGAUAAGCUAGGCUUCCUAGUUGUUGUUGUUGGCUGAGUUGUGCUAGCUUCAGUGAUUGAAGGUAUUAUGAAACUGUGUUUUAACAUUUUAAUAUUUUAACUCGCUAGCUCCACAUAGUGCCUAAUGUAGAAAUAAUGUAAGCUCACUGUCACCCUAUAUGCCCCACCCCCAUGAGUAUCUCCAUCUCAGUUGAAUAAGAAAAAUUAUGCUACGCUGAAAUAAAGCCAAUGCUUAAUUAAAGCCUGUGGACAUGGUGUCAUAGUGGGGGAGACAAGAGCAAGAGACAUGACAUGACCUUUUGAUGGGAAGAUCCAAAUUGUGGUGGUGCCAAUGACUCUUACUGACCUAUCUCUUGCUCUCUCUCUCUCUCUGCUACUCUCACUUGCUCAUAUUCUCUUCCCCCCCCCCCCACACUAUCUUCCUGGAGCCCCCUCUGUCUCUUUCUUUUGCAUUUUGGCAAUCAUAGGAUACUCUCUCAAAUUUUAUGGUCAAAAUAUAGACUGUACUUUAUUUAUAAAAUUAAGUGGCACUGUAUAGUUUCUCUUCUGCCAUUGGACUUUGACAGCUAUGUCCCUUUCUUUCAAUUAUCCGUAAAGUAUGUCGUCAUCUGUUAUCCCACUUUUGGUGCCUUCAGAUCUUGAUUGAUUUCAUUUGAAUAUUUUAUUGCUUUUGAUAUAUAUUGUACCUUUCUGUAUAAUGAUAUAUUUUAUGCUUCUUCCCAGUGAUAGCAAAGAGGAUAUCCUCUUUGGUGAUAGUCAUUGUUAUUUUCUCUUUCCUAUUUUGGAGAGGGGAUAGCCUGAUAGAGCAGGAAUAUCUGAAUUUGAAAGUGUGCUUGAUAUUCAGUUCAAUACAGGUGACAAAGUGUGGUUCUCCCAGUUGACCUAGCUAUGGAGUAGGUACCUGACUUGGGAGGGUUGGGGAAGAUAAAAGAGGAUACAUGCACCACCCUCAUGAAAGCUGACUCCAAGAUAAGUUAAGGAUCUAACACUAUUCUCCUACAACCUAUAAAUCAUUCGACUUCUGUUACGCUUUUAUCUCACUUUCCCUAUCCACUUGUCACUCCAUACAUCUAUCAUCAUUUGCCUUCACAUGACAGGGAGCACACCAGGUUCAAGUUACCAUGGUUGGACAGUGAUAUUUCCUACAUAUAUUAAGUUCCUGAUAUUUCCAAUUACUGAUGUAAGGAGAUAUUAACACCUGAAGGUAAUAUAGACAACUGUUCUUGUCUUUGACAUGCAGGCUGAGCAUUAAGGAAUCAUGUUUUUAAAUUGUAUCAUGUGACAGCCAAUCACAUGUGGUUGGCUUGCAAACAUCAAUCAUGAAUUAUUAUUCAUACUGUGGUCAUGUGAUUGUGGUGAUUGUGGCAACUCGACAUGUUUUUGCUAAAGUGUUGAUUUUAGCCGUUUACAUUGUUAUUGCAGUUUGGACAUCUGACCAGGGUUCAUUUUUUUUAAAUUGAUUUUUGGCUUGGUAGUGGUGGAGAUAAUCUAUUAGUGCAUGGCUGACAGGCUAUAGUAGGUUAUACAUUCCUUGCAGAUAUUUUGAGAUUUCAGUUUGUGGAGUCAUGUCUGUUGAAAAAUCUGGUUAUUAUUUAACUGGAGCUAGUGCUUAGACAGGAGUGCCAUCUGCUAUCAUUCACUGCUUCAAAGGGAGCAUGAGUUGCCCUUAAAUGGUCGCUGAUAACUGAUAGCAUUCUGAAUAAUUUCCACAAAAAUUAAAGUUGCAAAAGAUUCAUCUACUUAUAAUAAUAUCAAAAAUGCAGCUCUAUUUACAAUGCUGCAUGUUGCCAGCAGAGAUCUCAAGAUUGUGCACUAUGAUUUUAAAUUAGAAUUAACUAAUGAAAAACCAGAAAAAUUAUCUUUUGUGAGAAAAUUGCUUUUACCUGGUCUGCUUGACUUCUUGAAUAUUUAUGUUCUUUUCAUUGGUUGGUUAUAACAUAACCCUUGGAUGUUGUGGAUUUUUUUCAUCAAACUAUUGAAUGCACUCAAAACAUUACUUGUUAUGGUCAGUUUAUAUCUAAUCCUGAAAGAAUAUGGAAACAUGACAGACUCCAAGCACUGAUCUAAAGUGAUUUUAGGUGCAGUUGUUUAGGGAAUGAUGUUUGCAACUAAAAUUUUGAGUGGAAAAAUAUUCAAAACAGAAGUAGUAAUUAAUGUUCCAUAGUGUUUUGACUUUCCUUUCUGUGAUUCCUGUUAAAAUUAUACACACAUGAACCCAUUUAUGUCUCAUCACUGCUGCCUUUGUGUGUGGUGUGAAACAUGUAAUGGAACAGCCAGAGGUAUGUUGUAACAUCUGACUGCAUGUUCUUGUACCCAUUAAAGCCCAAUAAAUAUUUAUAAUUUUAAGUUACGAAAGCAGAGAUUUUAACUUCUUUUUCUGUUACACAUUUCAAGGUCAUUCCAAUUUUAUUCAUGAUAACAAUUUUCCCUGAUUUUUUUUAUAUAUAUACACAAUAAGGCCAUCUUGCUCUUAGACAUUCGAAAAACUGCAUAAAUCCUGAAAUUAUUGUUUUUUCAUGUUCGUGAAGCACAGAAAAAUGUGAUACUAUUUUUUCAGCAACUAUUAUUUUAGUUUUCUCAGCUUUGGAGCAAAGGCUCAUGGGUUAAAGGGCCACAGGUGAACGACAGGAGACACCCACAGUACCCGAAGCAAGACAGUGCUUCACACCUGCUGGCUGCAUGGUUAAUGAGAAGCAGUCAGCUAACAUGAGCAUUGUAGGUGGCUAUUAGCCAUCCAACUCCUACUGCAUUAAUCUCAUCUUUCAGGGAGUGGGAGAUAAUCGCCCUACAAACUGUGAAAUGCUUACUGUUCACUUAACCCCUCCUCUACCACCAGGAUUGCUUUAUCACAAUACUAUUUUUUAUGACGUUUGCAUUGUGUCACCGACAUGAUGUAUAAAAAAUGUACCAGAUUUAUUAUUUUCAUUGUAAUAAUUUGAACAUUGGUCAUGUGUGCAUGCUCAAAAAUCAAUUAUUUUUUUAUAUUUGGUGCCUUUAUUGUGUUUUUUGUGUAAAUAUCCCAAAAUAUGUCAAUGCCACAUGUAUUGCAGGUUUUUCCUUUUGCACCUUUAUAACUUUUACAAGUUGACUGCAGAGACUGAAGUAGCUUGACACUAUUUAGAAUAAGAUACUUCAGUAUUAUGAGCUACAAUUGUAUUUGUACACACUAUUUUAAGAGAAAUUUUGAAGAAAAAAAUUGUAUAAUAUGAAAGUAAUUUUUAUAUUAAACAUUAUUUAAAUGUCUAACAAUUUCACUAAGACAAGUGCUGGACAUAAACCAGACCUGUACAAUAAUAAUAUAAAUCACUGCAGUGUGAAUUGUUUAUAUAUAUAUAUGUUUUCCUGACUUUUUGACACAUGCCUUGGUAUGCAAAUCACAACAAAUGUUUCAAUACCUUGUUGGAUUGGAAUGAUUUUUUCAUCCUAUUAUCUGUUUAAUGUGUGAUGACAGCUUUAUAAUAAGAUGAUUUUAAGCACA